AUGCCGCGUCUGGGGCGCUGCGCCGCCGCGCCGCCGUGCGUUGUUACCGCCGCCGCGGGCGUCUUUUGCUGCAGCUGGCGGUCGCAGUCCUCGUCGGCGUCGCCCGGCGGAAGCCGCAGGAACGCCAACCGCUGCGACGGCGUGGCGCUCGCGCCGCUGCGCUGCCCUGGCGGGCCGCGGGUGAAGGCGGAGGGGCUGAAGCACCUCUUCAAGGUCCCCCACGCCGGCUACCUGGCGAAGUACGACCAGCGCUUCAUCCUCAACCUGAAGCUCACGCACCAGAUCGUCUCCCACCUCAGCCGCACGACGCUCAAGACGCACGACAAGUUGUUGAUCGAGCUCGGCCCCGGCACCGGGGCGCUCACGCGGAGUCUGCUGACGCGGCCCUGCGUCGCCGUGUUGGGCGUCGAGGCGGACGAGCGGUUCAACGCCCACCUGGAGCAGAUCCGGCAGUACACGAAUGGGAAGUUUCAUUGGGUGAAUGCCGACGUGCUCCGCGUGAAUGAGCUGGAGCUGCUGCGCUCGACCUUCCCCAGCUUUGUUGAGCAGCACCGGCGCCGACGGGCCGCCGUGCACGCGGACGGCGGGGAGGAGGCGGCAAGCGCGGCGGCGGGAACCCACCACGAAAACGACGACGACGACUGUGGCGAUGGCGGUGGCGGUGAGGGGUAUGAGGGCGCCCCGCUGCGAAACGCCCGGCGCGAGCGCAUUUUGCGGAGGCGUUUUGGGAGCGCUGCCGGGUUUAACCACGACCCAGCGCGUGAGGGCGGCGGUAGUCGUGGUGGCAGUGCCGCCGCCUUUGCCGUAACGGAUCGCUGGUGGUCCGACGGGGACGCGAAGGUGGAGGUCGUGGCGAAUCUCCCCUUUGACGUCAUCACGGAGCUGCUGAUGCGGUACGCCGUGGAUUGCUCGCGCAGGCAAAAUUUGUUCGUCUUUGGGCGCGUCCCGCUGCACGUCUUCACCCAGAAGGAGAUUGCGGAGCGCAUCAUUGCCCCCGCCGGCUCCAUCCACUUCUCACGCCUGUCGGUGCUGUGCCAGUGCUUCUUCCACGUCCAGCUGCGGCAGACGUUUAGGGAGAUGACGUACUACCCAAAGACCGAGGUGCUGGGGGCGAUGCUGACGCUGCAGCCCCGCUCCGCGCCGCUCGUGCCGGCGAUGGACGCCGCCACGCUGAUGCACUUCACCGACCUACUGAUGAAGCCGGGGCACCGCGGCAUGACGGUGCACAAGGCGCUGCUGAAGUGCGUCCCGGCAGAGGUGGCGCAGUACAUGCUGCAGGAGCUGCGGGUGGACGGGGCACUGACCGUCUUGGACCUGACGGCCGAGGAAAUCUGCAAACUCGCCCUGCUGUGGCAACGCUUCCUCGAGGCCUCCUCGCAGCAGCAGCAGCAGCAGCAGCAAGAGCAGCCCCCACGCGACGAGGCGAAGCGGGGCGAGGCAGCCGGCGGAAGGGAAGAACGGCACGAGGCGUAA